AUGUUGGUGGGAUCUUCUGUGAGAUCCGCGACCGUUGGUUCGUCGCCUUCAGUGUCUCCAGUGUCAGCCAAAACUCCACGGCCUAGACCACCACUUUCAAUACGGAGUCCGCCGUCUGACAACUCCCUGUUAAGGAAGCGGGAGGCAGAUAGAUUCGGCAGGCAGCGAUUGAAAGGCGACGGGUUUAUGAAAUCAAGGGUGAAGCACGUAUCCCAAAACAUCAUACGUUCGAAAUGGACGGUUCUAGAUGGAGACGCUCAAGCGAAGGUAGAAGAGCUGUUGCGCUCAACAGAGCUACCAGUCCUUGCUAGUUACUCUUCGGAGCAACGGAAAAUUGUAGCACAAAUAGCUCUACGGUCUAUCAACGGAACGCUGUGCAAAUGCCUUCCGCGGAUGCCAUUUCCUCCAAAGACUAAGGAGAUACAUUUUGAUUACGAUACACUUGUGAAAGAUAAUCGCGAUCUGCAGCAGUCAUUAGCUACUUCAGUGAAGUCCAAUUUGUCACUUGUCAAUGAAGUCGAGAAGCAGAAGCUUGCUCUUUCGUCAGAACGGCACGAACUUGAGGGUCUUGGAUCCGCAGACCGAAGAGUGGUCGGCUGA